CCAAAACAAGGAAAUGAAGGGGGGAGGCGGGACUGGGGGUGUUUGCUGGAGCCGCCGCCACCGCCGCGGAGGAGGAGGAGGAGAAGGAGGAGGAGGUGGCUGCGGGGACCGCCGAGGAAUCCCCUGCUGAAGGCGGCCCGCGGGGCGGCGGGUGUCGCGCGCGUGUGUGUGUGCGCGCGCCCGGCUGGCGGCUGUUGGCGAAGUGGAGCGGCGGCCGCGGGGGGGAGGAGGAGGAGGAGGAGGAGGAGGGACUGAGCGGCGGCCCCCGCGUCCCGGUGCCUCUAUGGGGGAAGCAGACAAUGGAUUAUGACUUCAAGGCGAAGCUGGCGGCGGAGCGGGAGCGGGUGGAGGAUUUGUUUGAGUACGAAGGGUGCAAAGUGGGACGCGGCACCUACGGGCACGUCUACAAGGCGAGGCGGAAAGAUGGAUUCCAGGAGGGCUUCGUGUAUGGACCUCAAGCGUUGGAGGUUGCAGACUUUUCAGCAGAAGAAUUGCUUGCAUCAAGAGUUUUUCAGAACAUAGUGUCUCAGAGGGAAAGAAAAGAUGAAAAGGAAUAUGCAUUGAAGCAAAUUGAAGGCACAGGAAUAUCCAUGUCGGCUUGUAGAGAGAUUGCACUUUUACGAGAAUUGAAGCAUCCCAAUGUGAUCGCAUUGCAGAAGGUGUUCCUUUCUCACAGUGACAGGAAGGUGUGGCUGCUGUUUGACUAUGCAGAACAUGAUUUGUGGCAUAUUAUUAAGUUUCACCGUGCAUCAAAAGCAAAUAAAAAGCCCAUGCAGUUGCCAAGAUCUAUGGUUAAAUCAUUACUUUAUCAGAUUCUUGAUGGUAUCCAUUACCUCCAUGCAAAUUGGGUGCUUCACAGAGAUCUGAAACCAGCAAAUAUCCUAGUAAUGGGAGAAGGUCCUGAGAGGGGGAGAGUCAAAAUAGCUGACAUGGGUUUUGCCAGAUUAUUCAAUUCUCCUCUAAAGCCGCUAGCAGAUUUGGAUCCAGUAGUUGUGACUUUUUGGUAUCGGGCUCCAGAACUUUUGCUUGGUGCAAGGCAUUAUACAAAAGCCAUUGAUAUAUGGGCAAUAGGUUGCAUAUUUGCUGAAUUGUUGACUUCAGAGCCAAUUUUUCACUGUCGUCAGGAAGAUAUAAAAACAAGUAAUCCCUUUCAUCAUGAUCAACUCGAUCGGAUAUUUAGUGUCAUGGGGUUUCCUGCAGAUAAAGACUGGGAAGAUAUUAGAAAGAUGCCAGAAUACCCCACACUUCAAAAAGACUUUAGAAGAACAACAUACGCCAACAGUAGCCUCAUAAAGUACAUGGAAAAACACAAGGUCAAGCCUGACAGCAAAGUGUUCCUCUUGCUUCAGAAACUCCUCACUAUGGAUCCAACUAAGAGAAUCACCUCAGAACAAGCUCUGCAGGACCCCUAUUUUCAGGAGGACCCCUUGCCAACACUGGAUGUGUUUGCUGGCUGCCAGAUUCCAUACCCCAAACGAGAAUUCCUAAAUGAAGAUGAACCUGAAGAGAAAGGUGAUAAGAAUCAGCAACAGCAACAGAACCAACAUCAGCAGCCCACGGUCCCUCCAGCACAGACAGCAGCACCUCCGCAGGCGCCCCCUCAGCAGCAGAGCAGCAGCCAGACCAAUGGGACUGCAGGAGGGGCCGGGGCCGGGGCCGGGGGCACCGCAGCAGGGCUGCAGCACAGUCAGGACUCGGGCCUCAACCAGGUGCCUCCCAGCAAGAAGCCACGGCUGGGGCCUUCAGGCGCAAACUCAGGCGGGCCUGUCAUGCCCUCAGAGUAUCAGCACUCCAGUUCGCGCCUGAAUUACCAAAGCAGUGUUCAGGGAUCCUCUCAGUCCCAGAGCACACUAGGCUACUCCUCCUCAUCUCAGCAGAGCACCCAGUACCACCCAUCUCACCAGGCCCAUCGGUACUGACUCCCGCAGCCCAGAGCAGACUCCAGCAAUAUGAUGUCCGCAUUGAAGAGAACAAAAAAUGCAAAAACUAUGAUGCCAUGUAAAACUUACCCAUGUGGGAGGAAGACUGUCUUCUGAGCAUCUUGCAAGGACUGAUGUCUCUUCUUGAUUGACUUAAAGAAGAUUUUUGUGAAGUUUCCCCAGCACCCUUUCCCUGCAUGUGCUCCAUUGUGACUUCUCUGAUCGGGCAUCUGAUCUAAUCCCAGCACUUACCUUCUGUAACCUUCAGCAUUUUUUUUGAAGGAUUUCCUGGUGCACCUUUCUCAUGCUGUAGCAAUCACCAUGAUUUAUCUUUUCAAAGCUCUUUUAAUAGGAUUUUAAUGUUCUAGAAUCAGGACUCCAGUGGUGUACAUAGUUUUAUACUUCAUCAACUAACCUAGCAACACAGGUAAAAACGUACCUUUUAAAGCACUACGUUGUUUUCAUAAAAUAUAACUGUUUUGCUCAUGGAAGUCUUAAACAGAAAUUGUUACUGUCCCAAAGUACUUUACUAUUACGUAUGUUCUUAUUUAUCUAGUUUCAGGGAAGGUCUUAUAAAAAGACAAGUGGUGGGACAGAGGGAGCCUACAACCAAAAACAGCCUACAUCUUCGAAGUUAGUAUGCUUCAUGCAAUGAAUAACUGAAGUGUGUGAUAUUUUUUAUGUAAUCAUUUACAUGGAACUUAGUUCCUAGGAUCAUCCUGAGCAGUAGUCAGUAUUGAAGAAUUAUAAAUUUAACUUCCUGUAGCUAAGUCUGUGUUAAAAGGGUUUUGAGAGCUUUGAUGAAAUGCAGUCUUCUGGUGACCUGCACCAGAGAGCUGGAGAACAGAACUGCACUAGGAUUCUUUAAGGAGCAGUGCUGAUCAGAGGAUGUAUUACUUUCCUUUGAAGGAAAAGCUCCUAGUGUGUAUUGUACAUAAAGUUGGCUUCUCUAAAGAGCUGUUGUUUUCUUCACAUGUGGCCCAUCUUGAGUAACUUUCUUACAUAAUCAAGGGUACUCGACAGAAGCCUGCCGAUGAUUCUGCUUUUAAAAUAAAGAGCAGUGUUCUCCAUUUGUAUUUGCAUUAGAAUAUAGAGUGACUAUUUUUAAGGCAUGUUAAAAAUUUAGGUUUUAUUCAUGUUUAAAGUAUGUAUUAUGUAUGCAUAAUGUUGCUGUUGUUACUGAAACGUAAUUCUAUCAAGAAUCUUCAUUGCACUGAAUACUUUCUUUUGCCCCUAGGGGAAAACUAAUAAUUGUGCCUAAAAAACUAUGGGCAGAUAGAUAGUAUACAACUAAACUAGAUAAAGUGCAUAUUUGCAUUUCCAUGAUCUAUGAAUCGGAGGCCGAGUUCUUUCUCAGUCAGUGAAAAGAACCCCUCACUCCCCAGAGUCACAAAGAAAUGCAGACGCAGAGCUCUCCUUGUAAUGUAAUGGACAGGACUUUUGUGUUCUCUGAAGGCUACUUGUAGCACCAGCCUUGUUUUAAACAUUUUCUUAGCUAGGAGAAAUAGCUGAUUGUUGUAUAUUCAAGUUAUAAGCAUUUUUUAAAA